GGCCCCCUGAUGCCGACCUGCGGGCCGGGCUGGACUCGGGCGCUUGGCCAGGCGCCCCGGGACGUCAGAGCAGCGCCGGCUGCCGCAGCGCGCACGCGCACCCCUCCGCGCAGGCGCAGUCGGGCGCGGGCGGCUGGGCAUGGAACGGCGCCUGGCCGAGUUCCGGGAGGCCCGGAGACGGGCCGCACCGGGCCAGAAGGCGGAAGCAGCCCCGGGCUGGCUACAACGCUGCCUGCGGUGGAAAACGAGGCCCGCGAGUGCCAGGACCCCAGCCGGUCCCGCUCAGGAAGCCACUCCAGCUCCUGCUCCACUGGGAAACAGCCCGUCCUGGCCCCCUCUGCACUCAGCCGUCCCACCAGCGCCACGGGACCAGUGGCUCCUGACCAGGAUCACUGUCUUGAAGGUGCUCCUCUGGCUGGUUCUCCUGGGCCUAUUUGUGGAGCUGGAAUUUGGACUGGCUUAUUUUGUCCUGUCCUUGUUCUACUGGAUGUACGUCGGCACGCGGAGCCCUGAGGAGAAGAAGGAGGGAGAGAGAAGUGCAUACUCGGUGUUCAACCCGGGCUGCGAGCCCAUCCAGGGCACACUGACUGCAGAGCAGUUUGAGCGCGAGUUACUGUUUAGGUCCCCGGAGGGGAGAUAGUCUGAGAUCCACAGUCCGGCAGCUGCCAGGGGCCCUGCCACCCUUUGGCAUGAACCCAUGGAUUCGAGUCCAGGACAGAGCUUGGGACAGCUGGCAGGUUAGCUCUGGGACGGCGUGCCUCUUUUACCCUCUUUGCCACCUGUCCAGUCAACCUGCUGCUAGAGUUUCAUCCUGGAACUUGGCUUUGGUUUUGGUGAAAAAAAAAUGCCAUUGGAUCUCAGGCAAUUUGUGAAAAAUAAUAUCUCAAUAAAGGAGACUGUCUCGUUA